GCAGAUACGGAGACCAACGAUGACUGUGUUAAAGUGGCUGUCUCUCUUGAUCUGUGUUUUAACGUGUUCAGCUCUCAGAUCCUUCAGCGCCAAAAGAAUCGGGCUUCAGAUUACCGACGAGGACCAGAGUGUGAAAGUGUGGGGGAAGAGAGACAUAAAUGUAAAAAUUAACAAAACGACGUAUCGGACGCUGACUGAGGUGGACGCAGUAGACAGGUGGCAUAGAUUCACUGCACGUCGACAAGGUUCUGAGAUCUGCCUAUUCAGCAACGGACAAAAUAUAAGGUGCGGUGAAAAUAAGAUGCCUGUGUAUUUCACAAGUGACCUUGCAACCGACUGGAUUGUUGAACCUGUCACCGUGUAUUCCGAUCCAAUAGAAGGGAAUGGAAUGCUAGUCGGCGUAUAUGAAAUGGGGGCAAAAGAGAACCAUAUGUAG